ACCACCUCCCAUCUUCUUCCCUCGUCACUCGGUAUAGACUUGCAGGCCGUUCCCGGAAGGAUCCAUGCAAACCGAGAACAGAGAGAUUAUGGGGAGAGAGAUGGCCGCAGUUCCAUCAACAAAGCCUCAUGUUGUUUUGAUCCCGUUCCCAGCGCAAGGGCACAUAAACCCCUUACUCAAGCUCGCCAAGCUUCUUCACGCCCGUGGAUUCCACAUCACCUUCGUGAACACCGAAUACAGCCAGAAACGCAUGCUCCAAUCCCAUGACCCAUCUACCCUGAGAAGCCUUGACGAUUUUCGCUUCGAGACCCUCCCUGAUGACUACGAGAACCGAACCACCGGCUUCCUCUGCUAUUCCAUUCCCAAGCUCUGCCUUGCUCCCUUACGUGACCUCUUACGAAAGCUCAACAAUUCUCCCACUGAGUGCCCCCCCGUGACUUGCAUCAUCACCGAUGGUGUCAUGAGCUUCACUCUUGAUGUCGCCAAUGAGCUCGGCAUCCCUGCGAUGUUCUUCUGGACCACAAGCGCCUGUGGCUUUAUGGCUUACCUCCACAACCAACAUCUCAUUGAUAGAGGCCUUACACCCCUCAAAGGUCUUAGUAAUCUUAGUGAUGGUUAUCUCGACACAAAGGUCGACUGGGUCCCAGGGAUGAGUGACAUGCGGCUGAGGGACUUCCCGAGCUGGAUUCGAACAACCGACGGCAAUGACUACAUGCUCCACUUCAAUAUCUAUGAAGUGCAGAGAGCGUCCAUGGCUGCUGCAGUCAUUCUGAAUACUUUUGAUGAGCUGGAACGUCCGGUCCUGGAAGCAUUGGCACCAAUCGUUCCACCCGUCUACACAGUAGGCCCCCUUGACUUACUUUUGCAUGAAAUACCCAAUCCCCGACUCAAGUCCAUAAACAUAAACCUAUGGAAGGAAGAUGAAAGCUAUCUGGAGUGGCUUGACCAGAGGGAGCCCGGAUCAGUUGUAUACGUCAACUUCGGGAGCCUAGCAGUGAUGACCAAUGACCAGCUGAUCGAGUUUGCAUGGGGGCUGGCCAGGAGCAACUAUCACUUCCUGUGGAUCAUCAGGCCGGACCUUGUGAAGGGCGACGACGCUGUGCUUCCACAAGAAUUUUUAACUGAGACCAAGGGGAGAGCUCUCCUAGCAAGCUGGUGCCAGCAGGAUGCGGUCCUGCCGCACCCGUCGAUCGGAGGGUUUUUGACGCACAGUGGGUGGAACUCGACGUUGGAGAGUAUAAGCAAUGGUGUGCCGAUGCUGUGCUGGCCUUUCUUUGCUGAGCAACCGACUAACUGUAAGUAUGCGUGCAUCGAUUGGGGGGUCGCCAUGGAGAUUCACAAUGUUGUGAACAGGGAUGAGGUGGAGCGGAUGGUGAGGGAGCUGAUGGGAGGGGAAAAGGGGAAGGAGAUGAGAAGGAGAGCACUGGAGUGGAAAGAGAAGGCAGUUGGGGCAGCUAAAGCUGGGGGUUCCUCUUUCAUGAAUCUUGAGAGGAUGGUCAAGGAGGUGCUGCUGCUCCCAAAGAAUGAUUUCUGA